UAAUCGAUUGGAGUGAACGCGCGCUUUGACGUGAUGACCAGCUCGGCGCGUUCACGCUGGAAUGGGGCGCGUCCUCGGCCGGGCGCGCGCAGUGCAGGAGGGAGGAAGAGAGGCGGACUGACCUGCCUUCAGGAUGGAGUUAAAACUCAGUGGAAACAAGUGGACGUGACCGGACUGAGGUGGAAUUUAAGUGUUUUCUGCUGAGGAGAGCCCUGGCCGGCAGGCUGAGUGUUAGCCAUGCAGCAGUCUGCCAACAGCACGACCAGCACCCUGCACCUGGUGGCCGCCGACAUGACCGACAUCAUGGAGAACCUGGACACGCGUGAGCUCGACAUCGGAGACGGCGACGACGUCAUCGAAGGGCAAGACACCAACAGCACAGAAGCCCGCAUCCCCUACUCUGCUGUGUACAAGACGACAGGCUUCAAAGAGCCGGACGCUCGAGUUUUCCUCACCAGGCUUCCCAUCACUGCCAGAAUUUUAGAGGUGGAGCGUUUCGCCGCCGCUCAGGACCGUUUCAACGUCACCAACCAGAGAACUGUGUCCAAGAAACUUCCUGCAGUGUUCAGGAUCGAGUUGAGACAUGGUCAGUUCACCUGGAUAGUCAAAAGGAAAGAAAAGCACUUCAUGGAGCUGCACAGAGAGUUACGCACCUACAAGACCUUUCUGAAGAUCCCUCUGCCUUCUCGAAGCCACACAGAGCGGAGGCAGACGGUCCGGCACGCACGCCAGAUGCCCGAAUUACCACGGGGAGGAGGAGACGAACUAGUCAGGGAGGAGCAAGUGUCCAGCCGGAAGCGGCAGUUGGAAGAUUACUUGAAUAAGCUGCUGAAAAUGCCACUAUAUAGAAACUACCAUGCCACAAUAGAGUUCAUCGACGUGAGUCAGAUGUCGUUUAUUCAUGAUUUGGGACCAAAAGGCUUAGAGGGCAUGGUUUACAAAAGGUCAGGAGGUCAUCGCAUUCCUGGACUGAACUGCUGCGGCCACAGCAAAAUGUGCUACCGCUGGUCCAAACGGUGGUUAGUGGUCAAGGACUCCUUUCUCCUCUACAUGAAGCCAGACUCGGGGGCCAUCUCCUUUGUCCUGCUGGUGGACAAAGAGUUCUGUGUGAAAAUGGACUCUAAGGACACUGAAACGAAGCACGGCGUGCGCGUCGACAGUCUGUGCAGGAACCUGGUUCUGAAGUUCACCAGUUACCGACACGCUCGCUGGUGGGGUCAGGCCAUCGAUGACUUUGUGCGCAGGUACGGCAGCGCCUUUCUUAAGGGCCAUCGAUUCGGCUCCUUCGCCAAAGAACAGGACAACAUCCCUGCCAAAUGGUAUGUGAACGGUAAAGCAUACAUGGAAGAUGUGGCUAAUGCACUGGAGCGUGCUGAGGAGGAGAUCUUCAUCACUGAUUGGUGGCUGAGCCCUGAGAUUUUCCUCAAAAGACCAGUCGUGGAGGGCAACCGCUGGCGACUCGACUGCGUCCUGAAGCGCAAGGCUCAAAAAGGAGUGCGGAUCUGUGUGCUGUUGUAUAAGGAAGUUGAAUUGGCCCUCGGAAUCAACAGCGGAUACAGCAAGAGGACGCUGCACCAACUCCACCCCAAUAUCAAGGUCAUGCGGCAUCCCGACCACGUCUCAUCCUCGGUCUAUCUGUGGGCCCAUCAUGAAAAGACUGUCAUUAUCGACCAAUCGGUGGCCUUCGUGGGCGGGAUCGACUUGGCAUACGGGCGCUGGGAUGACCGGGAGCAUCGGCUGACGGACGUCGGGAGCGUUACGAGGACGCUCAACACUUCUGCAGAGAAUGUGACCGAGGCGCCUAGUACGAUGUCCUCUCCCACAGACGAUCCCACCCAGAGCAACGGCGACAGCUCCAGCAGAGACAUGAUAGUGCAGCCCAAGCUGAAGGGACACGGCAAGACCAAGAGGACACGCUUCAGCAUCCGCAAACGGCUCCAGAGACACGGCCUUACCCACGCUGAGAGUGUGACCAGCGACGACAGCUCGGAGGAAAACACAGAAUCAGGCCCGGAUCUGCAGGCUGACGUCAUCGGUCUGAUGGGAAACACGCGUUUCUGGCACGGCAAGGACUACUGCAACUUCGUCCACAAGGACUGGAUCCAGCUGGAAAAACCAUUCGAUGAUUUCAUCGAUAGGCAUAUAACCCCCAGAAUGCCUUGGCACGACAUCGCAUCCGUGGUUCACGGAAAGGCCGCCAGAGAUGUCGCUCGGCACUUUAUCCAACGCUGGAAUUUCACCAAGAUAAUGAAGCCCAAGUACAGGUCGCUUUCAUACCCGUACCUCCUCCCUAAAUCCCACGCCACGGCCAACGAGAUCAAACACCCAGUGCCAGGCUGUGUCCCCACUAAAGUUCAGGUGUUGCGUUCUGCAGCCGACUGGUCAGCCGGUAUCAAGCGCCACGAAGAGUCGAUUCACAACGCCUACGUCCACGUGAUAGGAAACAGCCAACACUACAUCUACAUCGAGAACCAGUUCUUCAUAAGCUGUGCCGACAACAAGCUCGUCUACAACAAGAUCGGCGACGCCAUCGCUCAGCGCAUCAUCAAAGCCUACCGAGACGGCAAGAAGUACCGUGUGUACGUGAUUACUCCACUCCUGCCUGGAUUCGAAGGAGACAUCAACACAGGGGGAGGCACCGCCCUACAGGCCAUCAUGCACUUCAAUUACAGAACGAUGCUAAGAGGAGACUGCUCCAUCGUGUCCCAGCUGAAGAAAGAGAUGGGAGAUCAGUGGAUAAACUACAUCUCGUUCGGGGGGCUGAGAACCCAUGCUGAGCUGGAGGGCAAGCUGGUCACGGAGCUGAUCUACGUCCACAGCAAAAUGCUCAUCGCAGACGACAAUACAGUUAUCAUCGGCUCGGCCAACAUCAACGAUCGCAGUAUGCUUGGGAAGCGGGACAGUGAGGUUGCGGUGAUCUACGAGGACACCGAGACUGAGCCGUCUGUUAUGGACGGACAGGAAUACCAGGCAGGACGUUUUGGACUUCGGCUUCGUCAGGAAUGCUUCAGGAUGAUCCUUGGAGCUUUCACUGAUCCCAGCAUAGACAUCACAGACCCCAUCAGUGAUUCUUUUUAUAAGGAGGUGUGGAUAAGCACGGCUGCUCGCAACGCCAGCAUCUACCAAAAGGUUUUCCGCUGUUUGCCCUCGAGUGACGUGCGGUCGACCCUGGAGCUGGAGAGCUACCUGGCCAAGCCCGGUUUGGAUAAAGAGGAUCCCGCACGCGCUCACGAGGAACUCAAGAAGAUCAGGGGCUUCCUGGUUCAGUUCCCUCUGUGCUUCCUCAGUGAGCAGAACCUUCUGCCACCUAUUGGCUCCAAGGAGGCCAUGGUGCCCAUGGAGGUGUGGACCUGAGAGACUGAGCGGGAGGGAAAUCCCUACAGGACCAGUGGACUCAAAUCACAGUGUUCAUAUGAACGUCAUCAAGGCAUCACGAGAUAUUAGAUGGGGCUGAUUUAGGUGCACAUAUCAGAAUGAAGUACCCCCCCCCCCCCCCUCCCGUAGAUUUACACUAAUAAUCAAGUUUUAAAAUGUUAUUCAUUUAAAUUCAUUCUAAAUUCUUUAAUAUAGAAGAUGAUUCCUCCCAGUGUAACAGAUCCAUGCAAGCCCAAUAUCUGCCAACUGAUAUACCACAAGUGUACAUUUUGUCCGUGGACUACUAUUCAUUUUACAGCACAAGAAUGAAGCAUCAAGGGCUAGCACACCAGAGCUGACAUCUCAGACCCGUCGGUUCGAAUCUCAGCUCUGCUACCGGCAGGCUGGGCACCUACAUGUGCCUGCGCGAACAACGAUUGGCUCAUUUGCAUGGUGGAUGCGGGAGGGGAUGCAAUUAUGACCUCUGCUGGCUGAUCUAUGGCGCUGCACAGAGACGAGGGAUAAUGGAGAUUAGUGCGUUACUCUCAGUGCAAUAAUGGUAUUCAGAAAGUCCCUGGUUUAUGCCCCACCACCUCAAAGCUGCCACAGUUAGGCCCCUAAGCAAGGCCCUUAACCCUAUGUAUUUAUUUACAAUUGUAAAUUGUAUCUCGGCUCUGCUACCGGUCAGCUGGGCACCCACUAAGUUGCCUGCAGCAGACAGAAUUGGCCUCCGGUCAGCUGCGUAGGAAAGAAAAGGGCGGGGUUAUCAACUCUGUGUAAGGAACCUGUACAGAAGAUCCGGGCGUGGCUCUCUGUAUGCAAAGCUGACCUCAAGUGCAAAUCCACUCAAUAUGGGAGAAUAAGAAGGGAUCGGUGGACUGCGCACAUUUGUGGCAGUGAGUGUCGGGCAAAUGUAUACACCCUCCUUGGACGCCGUCAGGGUCCCCAGCAACUGAUUGGCUUCACUAAAUUGGGAGGAAAAAGUGGGAAAACCAUCUACUAAAUGCUAAAUGAACCUCCUUAAUGUAAACGAAUGACACUAUGAUCUGUCUAGUUCUUAGUAUAGACAUGAAAACCAGAAACCAUAGCACACGAGUCUUAACUAUAAGCCUGGUAAUUGUGGCACUGGUGGCACCGGGCGAUCUGGUUUGUGUUGCCGCCUUUUAAAACUCAUGUACAUUCUGUUUUAGUAACGUCCUCUCACACUAUGCAAUAGGAACAAAAUCGCUGUCGCGCCAGCUGUGCAUUAUAUAAGACAGCGCACAUACAUAUACGUACAUAUACAAAUCUCCUUAUGUUAUGUUCUUUUUAAUAAUCUUCAGACAUUCCACAUGAUCCUGCGGUAAACAAUAUUGCGCACGUUGAGUUUUUACUGCACGCUUGACCACCCUGUGGCCUCAAAAUGCAUCAAUACAUGAAUGUAGAUUCUUUAUGUAUCACAGUGCCAAAUGUUAGUACCAGUAUAUGCAAACCGUGUAUGGAUGUAGGAAGUAACAUUGCUUUUAUUAUUUAUGGCCGCUUGUAUUUGGUUUUUGUUCAGUUUGGCCAUAUUGUAAUGGACAGUUGUAAUGGACACCCCACUGUAAAGAACACAGAGACUUGAUUCAUUUAUUGUUUAGAUGUUUUUAGUAUUAUUGUGUAGUCAAAGGAUUUCUUAAUGAAGUGCCUCAGCAGGCUUCACAUACAAGAUACAAGAUGUGAUGAUGCCGUCGGAUCGAUGAAUGAUGUAUGUAAGUGCUGUCCCGAUAUGUUUUGUGAUAAACAGGCACCCCCGCCUCUAAAUAUGAACGAACCUGUCAGUCUAAAAUGUGCAAUUAAUGAAUUUAAAUGAAAAUGAAUGAAUGCUUUUUUUUCAUGACAGCAGUUUGAAUGUUUCAAUGGAACAAAAAAGUUGGAGCACUUUAAAUGUACUUAAAACAUGACCAUAUAAA